UGUGCGCUGCCCUGACAGGAAAUGACAACAAUGAGGAAUGCAGUGGUGUGUACGCUUUGGCUGCUAAACAUGGCUGUUGCAGUGGAUGAGACAGGAGGAUCUGAGGCAAAAGACAACAUUGCUUUAAAUCCCACCAGUUCUUAUGUGGGUAAAUUGUUGGUGAUACCAAUGGAUGGGAGUCACUGGGUGGCUAUGAAGGCCAUUGCUCAAGAAAUGGGUCGGCGUGGACACAGUGUUACUGUUGUGAUGCCUGAGAUCACCAUACUAAUUGGUCCAGGGGAGCACUAUGAGACGCUGACCUACCCUCUUCCAUAUGACAAGGCAUUUGUUGACUAUGUGAUGUCCAAAAACGAAGACAUGCUGCAAAAAUCGGAAGGGUCUUUCAUCGAGAGAAUUCAGGAAAAAUUCUCACAAAUACAGAGAAUUGCAGAAUUGCUUCACACGACUGCAGAAAGUCUUCUGUUUAAUGCCAGUCUUGUCACACAUUUGUCCCAACAAGGAUUUGAUGCUGUCCUUACUGACCCCAUGGUGCCUACAGGCUCUUUAAUAGCUCGGAAAUUAGGUAUUCCCUCAGUUAAUUUACUGAGGGGAAUUCCGUGUUUUUUGGACAUGCAAGCUGCUGGGUGUCCAUCGCCACCUUCCUAUGUUCCACGCUUCUUCACUGGCUUUACAGAUAAAAUGGACUUCAGGCAAAGAGUCCUCAACACACUGGUGAGUGCGCUAGAGCCGCUCCUUUGUCGACUCUUAUAUUGGCGUUUUGAUCGUAUUGCUUCGGAGUUCCUGGAAGAGGAUGUGGGUGUAGCUGAGGUGCUGUCAGACUCUGCAAUCUGGCUGCAUAGGAUUGAUUUCACACUGGAGUACCCGCGGCCAUUAAUGCCGAAUAUGGUGCCAGUUGGGGGCAUCAACUGCAACGUGAGGAAUCCUCUGCCAAAAGAUUUGGAGCCCUGGGUGUCAGGAAAACAUGGAUUUGUUGUGUUCACACUGGGCACUGCAUUGAAAAAAAUGCCAAAUGAAAUAACCCAAGUCUUCUUUGAAGCAUUCAGACAGAUUCCACAGAAGGUUAUAUGGAGAUAUUCUGGACUGGUUCCUGAUAAUACACCAGAAAACGUAAAGAUGAUGAGCUGGGUGCCCCAGAACGACUUACUCGCUCAUCCUGGAGUUCGAGCCUUCAUCACUCAUGCUGGCUCACAUGGUCUCUUUGAGGGACUUUGUCAUGCCGUACCCAUGGUGAUGGUACCACUUGGCGGGGACCAGCCUGACAAUGCAGCAAGAAUAGCAAGUAGAGGAGGCGGAGUAGUGUUGGAUAUAUUAACCAUCACUGCUGAAGACCUUCUGCAAAGACUGAAUGAGGUCAUUGGUGAUACUAGGUACAAAGAGAACAUGAAGAAGCUGUCGGCGUUACACAAAGAUCGUCCUAUUGACCCACUCGACCUGUCUGUAUAUUGGACCGAAUUUGUAAUGCGGCAUAAAGGUGCCGAACAUCUUAAAGCAGCUGCCCAUGACCUCACUUGGUUCCAAUACUUUUGUCUGGAUGUUAUCGCUCUACUUGCUACAACUGCAUUGAUUUUGAUGAUCUUGACAGUUAAAUGUUUAAGGUUCUGCUGGCACAAACUGAGCAGAAAGAAGAAGCAAGACUAG